AUGCUCGAUGACAAAAAGUUUGACGUUGACAAAGAUGACUCCAUAAUCAUAGAUAAUAGACUUUCCGAUGAGGCUAUAUUCACCGAAGAUGACAAACAAACGUAUAAAAGUAUACUAUUAACAAUGAAUGCUCAUAGACGUGGCCAUAGCGCCUAUAAUCCCAUCAUGAGCAACAAGAGAUAUAAGUAUAUUAAUAUCAUCGCUCCGCUCAUAUCUACAUAUAAGAAAAGCGGUAAAAAGGGUGCAGGAUACAUUCCAUGUUCUGAGGAUUUAAAAGAAAAUUGGAACAUUAAAAAGAAUGUACAACAAAUGUUACGAAUGCAAGCAAGAUCAAAUAUAAUCUUACAAGAUAUAAACCAACGUUUACAAAAAAUUGAAAGUAUUCUUAAAAAACAGGCAUCAAAUUCAGUCAUUGAAAAUAACGAUGGUCUUAUUGUCAAUUUUUUACCUCUUAGCACAGUGCAACGCAUAAAGGAAUUUGAAUCUUUAUUGAAAUCUACAGAAGAGGCAGUUACUCAAUUUAAACAGUUUUUGUUAAGACUAGGAGGAAAUAAUCUUAAAGAUAACAUUUUACGAAUUCUAAUAAAGACUUUUACAAACGAAUGUGCCAUGAACUGUUCAAUGAAAGGAAUUCGAAAUAAUUUUCGAGUUGAAGACUUAAAAAUAAUGAGAGUUAUUAGAAAUAUUCUGUCAAUAAUUCAGUCGGUGUCAGUCAAAAACAAUCAACAAGGACAAGUGAUCAAGUUUCCUGACGACACCAUUACCGCCUUCAUCUCGCAGACUGAAUUCGAUGGAAUUGUCGCAAAAUGGCUACAUUUUGCCAAACAAAGAAAGGAAAGAGACGACAAGAUAAAAGAAAGCAAUAAAAGAAGAUAUGUUCAUGUUCUUUGGAAGAUUGAGACUACCGCUGAUUCUAUCUCUAAAAAAUAUUACCAACAUCCAUAG